AUGCCGGCCGUCGAGGAGUCACCUUCCGAACGGAAGCAUACCAGUAGCUCUUACAGAGAUGAACUGGCUCACUACAAAGCCCAGUAUGAGCAACUUGAGGCGGAACUUGCGGACUUCCAGUCCUCUAGCCGGGAGCUGGAGACUGAGAUGGAGAAGGACAUCGAGGCUUCGGAAAAACGGGAACGGCAACUGAAGGAGAAGCUCGAUACAAUGCGAUAUGAAGUCGAAGAGUGGAAGACCAAAUACAAGCAGUCGAAAACCGAAGGGAACGCGGCGCAGAACAACUUGCAGAAAGAGAUCACGACACUGCGAGAUGCAAACCGCACUUUGCAGAUGAAGCUUCGAGAUAUUGAAGUUGCCAACGAUGACUACGAGCGCCAAGCCCGGAACACCACCUCGUCCCUGGAGGACAUGGAGUCAAAAUACAAUAUCGGAAUCGAGCGCCAGGUUUUGCUGGAGGAGGAAAUCAGGACCGGAGAGCAGGAGCGAGAACAGCUGCGCAUCGACAAUCAACGCCUCCGGGACGAGCUGGCCGAUCUGAAGAUCGAGGCCGAGAUUAUUCAAGAGAAGCUUCGAAAUGCCGAAGGAGGCCAUGGCAUCCGCCGCCGCAAGCCCACUCCUCUGUAUCACCGCAGUCCAUCAACUCCGCAGAGCUUGGAGAUUUUCGACCGGUCCCCAGGCACAACCACCUCUUCCCCAGUCUUUGCUACACCCCCGGCUAAGGCAUCCCUUGCGUCGUCGACCGCUACCCCACCUUCGCCCCCUAUCUCCGAGUCAUCUGUGAACAUGCGCAAGUCGAUUAACGCAACGCCUACGUUCCCUCGACAGAGAGCCGCUGGCGCAGACCCAGUGAACUCGAGGACCCUUCACGCUCGAUCUCAACCGCGUGCCACUCAUUCCCAUUCCCGAACUCCUUCCCUGGCUUACAGCAAUGGCGCUUUCAGCACGGGCAAUGGCCGAUCCACUCCCUCCAUGUCGAUCUCGUCUCGCAACAGUCUGACGAGAGCGAAUACCUCGCGGCCGCCGGGGAUUCCCAAGUCUGGAUCACUGUUCCAGAUCCGUGGACUGAUUGGCAAGAUGCAGAAGCUCGAAGAGCGCGUCCAAUCAGCCAAAUCCCGACUCCCCGCCCCAUCCGACACGUCUUCUCGUGGAUCUCCUCGUUCUGGGUCUGUGGCUAGUGAGAGCCCAGUCGCCUCAUCCAUCACCGUUCGCAGAAACUCUCGCAAGCGGCUGAGCAACAGUAGUCUGGGUUCCUCUGUGCGGGAUAGCGAAGGCACGCCGUCCUACGCCCCGCAAGGCCGCCAGUCAUUUGGAAGAACAGGCGAGAGUCGCCCGAGUAGUCGUACCAGCUAUUCCAGCCGCAGCUCCUUCAGCCAGAGCGUGCACUCUGGUGUCCCUGUGAACGGCCGACCAGAAAGUCGUUCGAGUCGUCCCGGUGCCAAAACGCCGCUGGGCCACUAUUCGAUGAACCCCAUGACGGAGGCGAGGCGUCCCCGGUCGUCUCUCAGCAAUCAUGCUGGCCAGCUCCCCAACAUCGCGGGCAUGUCCCUUAUCGAUGAGGACCAAGAUGUUUCCACGCCGACGCCCUCCCGCGCCUCCCAGGAGAUUCGGCGACCGUCCAUCACCGCAGCCCCAACUCCCGUUGUGAAGAAACGGACCAUUAGCGGCAUUCCAGCUCCCCGAAGCUUCAAGACUAGUAUUGGGCCUGGUGCAAUGCCACCGCCGAACCGGAAGCCCCAAGUCAGUGAUCUUGGAGAGACCUUUUGA